AUGGUGAAGCUAGCAUCGGCAAGGGACUUCCGUACGUACGGGCCGGGCCUCACCAGAAACCGUUACGAGUACAUCAACGCGGGGCUUUACCUGUUUUCCACCGUGGUCCUGAGUUGUGGUUUCGCAUCUCAGUUUUCUUCCGAGGCUUCUUCGGGGCUCGUGGUUUUCCUCAUUGCAUUGGGCCUCAUGUUAAUCGUAAACUUUCAUGACCUUAUGGCGCAUCUUGUUCCCAUUGAUUUCCGCUUUCAGUUGAUGGCCUUUGAUCCUCAGCUCGCCUUCGUCGAAUUCGCUGUUCCCCUCUUCAACAUGCUCGGAACGCUUCUUACUUUUCUUGCCGUUUUCUUCAUUUUUCUUCAGGAAGAGAAAGGACAUGGUUACUUCAAAUUGGAAAAGCAUGCUCUGAACAUGUUGGUUGCUGGUCCUGUACUAUGGGUGGUGGGAUCGAUUCACAAUUCAUGUCAAAUCUACGAGAGAGCAGAUGGUCAUGUUCAAAUCUUGCAGCAAUGUGUGUAUAUCCCCUUCUUGAUGGGGAGUAUGUUGUUCAUGAUUAGUUCCUGCCUCAAUUAUAUUGAGCAAUCUAGAGUUAUCCACCAUGGCCUCGGCUUACUUGGUAGGGAUUGGAUCUGGUUAGGAAUCUCGGGUACCAUAUUUUUCUUCAUUGGUGGAUUGAUAAAUGUGGUGAAAGUGUUCAAGAUGCAACAAAUGAAUGGUAUGAGGCUGGAGAAGCUGCGAGGUGGAGCACAAGAGCAACUAAUAAGAGCGAGAGAAGGACAUGUUCCCCUGCUUUCAGAACAUCAUCAAAUAAGAAUAAGACAUAAUCCACCACCUGAAGAAACCAAAGUUUCAAAGCCUCUUCCUACUCCUUAUAAGGAUGUCCUUCUCGGUCAAACUAGAUCAUGA